UCGAGUCUUGGGACUGAAAAGGCUAUAAAAUAAAAUAUCGAACAUUCAAAUCAUUACCUAAUAGUCUACAGAAGCCGUAAAGCUCACUCUAUCAUCAAGGGAGGAUUUCAAAGAUUCACGCUCUGCUUCAAGUUUGAUGCCACUAGCAAAAUUUUUGUUACUGAAAGCAAAAGUUUGAUUUGGGUUACAUUUUGUCCAUGCUGAGAUCAUUUUAGCAUGGAUUACGGAGAUUAUUCAGCCGUUCCUCCGCCAUGUUUACAUUCAAGUGAAGACUACUUUCUUAUUCAAAGGGAGCUCACUCAACAAUAUCACCUUGUACUUGCAGAGCAGGAAAUUGGCUUCAGAGAAAGACUUCAUCAAUUGCUUUUGCAAUCUCCUUCAUUACAGACACAGAUAUUGCAGCCCAAGUUCAAUAAGAAGUUACAGCAGUUUGGCUCAAGGUCUCCCAUAUCAGGAUUGUUCAAACGACAAGGAUGGUGUGCAGUCUGUUGUGUUGACUGCAAAACAGAAGCCGUUCUUGAGAAACAUUUUUUUGGCAAGAAGCACCAAUCAGCAUUGGCAAAGUUGAAAGAAUGCUUUAGGGAAGGAAGGGAAGAAAAUUCAAACCAGGAGGAACCAAGCACCGAGCAGCAACAAGAAGAUAAGAACAAGAUUAGUUUGAAGGAAAAUCCAAAGCAGGAGGAACCAAACACCGAGCAGCAACAGGAAGAUAAGAACAAUAGUGUGAAGGAAAAUUCAAAACAGGAGGAACCAAACACCGAUCAGGAACAAGAAGAUAAGAACAAGGUUAGUGUGAAGGAAAAUGCAGAGCUGAAUGAGAAAUUGCAAAUAAUGGUUUUGGAAUGAAAUUAAAGCAACAGAAAUAAAGUGGCAGCAACAAGAGAGAAGUAAUUAACAAUAUUGUGAAAAGAGAAAAACCAAUGAAGGGAGGUGACAAGUAGAAUUUUGUAUCGUAUUGAAAUUGCUAGAAAAAAAAGUCUUUUUAACAGAUUUGCUUGCAUAUUUUGGAGUACACAUGAUGCAAACAUAAGGGCACCUAUUUGUAUCUGAAGAUCAAAGUGAGAUUGAAAGGAUUUUUAAACAGUGCUCUUAGUAUUUUGCAUUGCACUUCUUUUGUGCCUUGUAAAUUUCACCACAAGAUAAGCUUGUCUAAAUUUUUAGGAUUUUAGUUUUUGGCAGAAUUAUUGAUCACCUCAUUCCAUACUGGAAGUUGUAUCGCUACGUUUCAGUCUUUUUGUACAAUGUUUAUUCACUUGUAUAUUUUCUAGGUACUAGUAGACGAAUGAUUUGUCCCAAUUUUAGGCUAUGGAUAAAUAUUCUGUCAAACCUCCCAUAAACAUGGUUGUUUUUGUAUUCUCUUGAUAGGAAUUUUUUCUUGAAGAUUAUAGAUGACUUGGGAUUUAUAUCCA